CAUUAUCAAUGGGUAUGGGGUGCAUUUGGUCUGUUCACAUUAAAAGGUUAGAUGGAAACUGACCAAUGAGAACGUUCUUUUCCCGAUUCCUUAUUAGCAUAGGGCCUAGCGUACUGUCUAUUUAAUCGGCGCUGUGAGUUGGCUCCGCUUAUUUCCAGGUCCGAAGCUGAUUGAAAAAAUGCCUGACCAGUCGAAAGCUUCCAAGAAAGGCGGUAAGAAAGCCGUGUCCAAAGCGCAAGCCAAGGGCGGCAAGAAGCGCAGGAGGGCAAGAAGGGAGACUUACUGCAUCUACGUCUACAAGGUAAUGAAACAAGUUCACCCCGACACCGGCAUCUCCUCGAAGGCCAUGGGCAUUAUGAAUUCGUUCGUGAACGAUAUUUUCGAGCGCAUUGCGGGCGAGGCUUCCCGCCUGGCUCAUUACAACAAGCGUUCGACCAUCACCUCUCGGGAGAUCCAGACCGCCGUGCGCCUGUUGCUGCCCGGGGAACUGGCCAAGCACGCCGUGUCGGAAGGGACAAAGGCGGUGACCAAGUACACCAGCUCCAAGUGAAGUCGCAGGAAGUGCUGACGGAAACCCAACGGCUCUUUUAAGAGCCACCCACAAUUUCCAUGGAAG